AUGGAUACCAGUGCAAUGGCAAUCCCUUUUUUGGAAAGGGCACGGCGGGAAUGCCCUUAUGUUUUCGAGCCUGGGUACCAGAUGGACGAUGCUUCUGGGUUGAUGCGAAGGGAAAGGUUCAUCCACUUUCUGCAGUACGGGCACUCGUUACUGUCCGCUGCUGUGCACAAUGAGGGCAUCUCCACGGCCGACAUCAUCGGCAUCGAGGACUCGGAGUCCAUGGAAACCGAGCAAGGGCAGAACCUCUGUCUGCAGAUGUGCUCCAGAAUAUAUCCUGGGGGUUUGCUGUAUAUUAUGUGCCCCGGAUCCAAUGCCUUUGGUUUGUUGGGGAUUGAGACAAUUGAGGUCUUUGUGGGCAACUUGCUGCGGUUCGCGGAAAUGAUUGCUGUGCGGUGUGUCAUUCAUUUGCCGGUCGACGGCGCCAACUUCUUUGAGCGGCACCCGGCUUUGCAGGACUUUUUAGAUUGGGUUUUGAUAGCUUCACCGUCGGUGAUUUCAGAAUGGAGUGGCUUUCAUUCGUCCCCGACGACUUUGUGGGGCACCGAUAAGUUCGUCAUCAAAGGUGUGAAGCACGUUUCUGCCAGGGUCAUGACCAUGCUGCUUGAUUGGAAUCUGUGUAUGUGUCCUUGCACUGACGGUGUCCGGUUCUCAUGCUUGCUGAUGUGCCAGCUGGUCUCAGGUUCCCCGCUUUGUGCAAUCGGCGAAUGA